AUGUUAUCGGAUGGAAGCAUUGUGGCUAUUAAGAAAUCUAACAAAGUUGAUGAAAAUCAAGUUGGUCAGUUCAUAAAUGAAGUUAUUAUCCUCUCUCAAAUAAACUAUAGAAACAUUGUGAAAUUGUUAGGGUGCUGCUUAGAGACUGAAGUUCCAAUACUAGUUUAUGAAUAUGUCUCAAAAGGCACCCUCUCCGAGCAUCUUCAUGAUGAGGGCCAUGCUUCGAUGUCUUGGGAUAAUCGCUUGAGAGUUGCAGGGGAAAUUGCUAGAGCACUUGCCUAUUUGCACUCGUAUGCUUCUACAGCUAUCUUUCAUAGAGAUAUAAAGUCUAGCAACAUACUGUUGGAUGAAAAUUAUAGGGCUGUAGUAUCUGAUUUUGGACUUUCAAGGUCAGUGCCACUUCACCAGACUCAUUUGACGACAUUCGUUGGGGGCACAUUUGGUUACUUGGAUCCAGAGUACUUUCGAUCAGGGCAGCUUACUGAUAAAAGUGAUGUUUAUGCCUUUGGUGUAGUUCUUGAUGAACUCCUAACGGGGGAAAAAGCCGUCUCUUCUGAUAAAUUUGAUGAAGGUCUUGUACUUCAUUUUUAA